ACAUCCUGCUGCCCAGGGAAUAUUCUGGGCGGUGGGAAAGGUUUUCCUGCCCUCUGGCACUCGGCUUAUUAGCGGCUGAGGCUGCUCCAUUGAUUGUAUUGACGUGCACGCCCCAGUUAACUUAUUGGGAGCAGCAGCAAAAAUCCAGCUGGCACCCGCCACCCAUGGCGCUGAAACGUGCUGGGUUCUUUCCACCACUGUUGGAUUUUUGCAGGAAGCAGGCUCCUGACUCCACAGCUGGGCACAACCACAGGCAGGUGACCACAGAGGAGGACUGCUGGGCUGUGGUCGCCAGGGAGACUCUCUGGCAUCCCAGGGAUCCCCUCCUCCACAGGAUGAUUUGCCAUGGUUAGUGGAUGCUGAGGAUCUGCCCAAACCUGUUUGCAAUGUAGAGAAAAAUAUAAGUUCUACUUGCCUAUCCCAAACACAACCUGGAGGUGAUGCUCUUCAUCAUUAUCCCCUGACUCCCAGCCUGUGUCUGAUUUCUCUCUGAAGUUCACAUUAAUUAGGUUUGGUCUUUCCUCUGUGCCGUGCCUUAACCUCUGCCAUGUCCUGGUCUGCAGGCUCGUGCCGUGGACUGCUGGGCUCCCCCCCCGUGCUCAGCAUGCCCUUUUCUGGUGCAGCCAGACCCUCCCAGGAAUCACUCUGGAGCUCAAGGCCAUCCUGUAGGGAAAUGGAGUCCAAGGUCUCCGAAGGCGGCCUCAACGUCACCCUCACCAUCCGGCUGCUGAUGCAUGGCAAGGAAGUUGGAAGCAUCAUUGGGAAGAAAGGAGAGACCGUGAAGAAGAUGCGUGAGGAGAGCGGGGCAAGGAUCAACAUCUCGGAGGGGAACUGCCCUGAGCGGAUUGUGACCAUCACUGGCCCCACCGAUGCCAUCUUCAAGGCUUUUGCCAUGAUCGCCUAUAAAUUUGAGGAGGACAUAACCAACUCCAUGAGCAACAGCACUGCUACCAGCAAACCUCCGGUGACACUGCGGCUGGUGGUGCCGGCAAGUCAGUGUGGCUCCCUCAUCGGCAAGGGGGGCUCCAAGAUCAAGGAAAUCCGAGAGUCCACAGGUGCUCAGGUCCAAGUGGCGGGGGACAUGCUGCCCAACUCCACGGAGCGGGCGGUGACAAUCUCGGGGACACCCGACGCAAUUAUUCAGUGUGUCAAACAGAUCUGUGUGGUGAUGCUGGAGUCCCCACCAAAAGGUGCCACCAUUCCCUACCGCCCAAAGCCCGCCUCCACCCCUGUCAUUUUUGCAGGUGGUCAGGUAAGAGCCGACCCGCUUGCAGCCUCCACUGCCAACCUCAGCCUUUUACUGCAGCACCAGCCGCUGCCCGCCUAUACAAUUCAGGGACAAUAUGCUAUUCCACACCCGGAUUUGACCAAGCUCCACCAGUUGGCUAUGCAGCAAACCCCCUUUACUCCCCUUGGACAGACCACCCCCGCUUUCCCUGGAGAAAAGCUGCCCUUACAUUCCUCCGAAGAAGCUCAAAAUCUGAUGGGCCAGUCAUCAGGUUUGGAUGCCAGUCCCCCGGCCAGUACUCAUGAACUCACCAUUCCCAAUGAUCUAAUAGGCUGCAUAAUCGGACGCCAAGGGACCAAAAUCAAUGAAAUUCGGCAGAUGUCGGGAGCGCAGAUCAAAAUCGCCAACGCCACGGAAGGGUCAUCGGAGCGCCAAAUCACCAUCACAGGAACCCCUGCAAACAUCAGCCUUGCGCAGUACCUCAUCAACGCCAGGCUGACGUCUGAGGUCACUGGAAUGGGCGCACUCUAAUUUCCACCCACCAUCCUCCACUCCGCACCACCCGACCCUCUCCAGCCACCGGCACUCCACCCAGCCUGUACUGCCUGUACAUUUACCGUCUUCCCUUUGCCUCCACAGAUACUCUUUUCUUUACUAACGAAUAUAUAUACACAUAUAUAAACACACACGCGCAUAUGCACACACCGGGACGUUUCUUUAUGAGCUCUUUACUCUGUGCUCCCGAGGCUGGUCCCAAACUCUUUGGUUAUGGUCCUUGUUUUCAGCAUUACGGUGUUAAUUCUUCAUCUGCUUUUUGGGGACGAGAGGGGGGGGAGGGGGGCGUUAUUUUUUUUCUCUCACUAGCGAGACUUCAGGAGCUGGCGGGAUUUCUAGUAUCAGUCUAGUGUAACUACCUACACAUCUGAGUUGACAUUGGCGGUACUUUCUGUAGCCUAUGGACAUACAUGAUGCCACCCAGAGCUGUGCCUGCUUCAGAUGACUUAACUUUUCUCACCCUCCUUCCUUUGGUGCUUCCCCCUUGCUUGUCCUGGCUCACCUUAGCCACCUCACGCCCCUGCCCUCUGGGUAAGGGCAUGCUUUACACCCUGUGUUAUUUGGGAAGCAGAAGCCAAGUGCAGGUUCAACCCACAGGCUUCUCUCUUGGAACAUGGCAUGGUCCAGACAAGCCCUUUUUCCCACUAAACUAAGGGAAUCACACACACACACACACAUACACACACACACAUACACACAAAUGCUCAUGUUCUUUUAACUAAUGAGCACCUGGAAGUGGGAAGAACUCAGCUAUAUGGGAUUCAUACCCCCAGGGGCCUUUGAAAGCACUCUUUUGGCAAUCCCCCACAAGAAAAACCUUUGGACGAUAGCUCAGGAAGCUCUGUGAGCCGGUUGUGUUUGUUGUUGUUUGUGUUCAAUAAAUGUCUGUGCAGCUCUGGUA